AUGGCGUCGAAAUCACCUGUAGGCCUGGAGGACAGGUUCGAAGACGUCGACGACGAGGAUGUCUACGCCCGCGUCAAGGCAGAAGCUGCUAGUGACAAGGCUACCAACUUUGUAGUCGAGUUCAACUUUCAUGAGUCGAGGAUCGCGUUUAAUCUAAGAUCCGAAGACUUCGGGAAACAGUUGUCCAAGCCAAACGAUAUCGAAUCAGUGUCGAUGUGCAACGAAAAUAAAGUACAGCCGUCAGCUCGGGCUACAUCACAGAGCUCAGAGAACCUCGAGAUUUACCAAAUGAUCAAGGAGACGGUCAACUACACAUCGAUCGACCGAGGGAAGCAAUGCCGUGACAACGAAGAGCCCCCGAGAGUGUUGCCACCAUGGCACUGGUCCUGGCUUACCCUCUGCUCUGACUCCGUCGUUGUGUCGUUCCACGAGACGCCGCCGACAGAGCAUCUGGAAAGGGAUGACUGGGCCAGAGACGAACUGCGGAGCAUGCGAUCCAACACUCUCAGUGUUCUCUCCAAGCUCUCGAAGCACGGUGUAACAGACUUUAGCCAUAGGCUCGUCUCGUUCAAGCGAGUCAGGCAAGCGAUGACUGAGACGGAACCUCAAAGCGAUACGGCAUAUGAAGGCUCAAGCAAUCUGUUUUACUACUUAACCGAAGAAGCAAAGCCAAGACGGACGAUGUCGUUAAGUUUUUGCACCAAAAGCCUGUAUGGCGAGGUCAAUAUAUCCUCAUCAGCAAGAAGUCGCUUUGAACGCCUCAGGGACAGACUGCGACUCUUGAUGCUUAACACGAUCCAAGGGUGCUUGGAAGAGCAAAAGGCCUUGUCAGACAUGUAUUUCAGCCUUACCGCCCAAAAGGACUCGCAAGCCACUGCCCGCUUGAGCAGGAGUGCAACCCUCCUCGCCAAACUAAGCGUCUUCUUCCUGCCCAUAACUAUUAUGACCAGCUACUUCUCCUUCGAGAUUCCCGACGUCGUGGAGCAUUACACUCCCAAGACGCACUGGAUCUGUUUCGCCGUAAUUGCCGGUCUUUCCUUCAUCAGCCUGUUCUUCUUCAGCCGCAUGUUGGAAGCUGUAAGCGACACCCUUGAAGGCUGGGCCGAUUACGUCUCGUGA